AUGCCCUGGUCGCUCGACACGGCCCGGCACGUCCCCGCCGCCUCGCCGUUCGCCGUCGCCGCCUGCCAGACCGCCCUGUCCUCAUCUCCUCUCCGUCGUCCCCUCCUCACAGGGCCGCACCCGCUCGUCGUCGCCCUGCGCCACCAUCGCCGCCCGAAGGCCCCGCCAUCGCCGGACCUCCUGAUCUCCUCCUCGCCGGUCUACCCCAGGCCUCGCCGCCUCUUCCCUACAACGUUGGUGAGGCCCCCGGCCUUCGCCUUCCCUACUUCCUCGUCCUCCCCUUUCCUCCCUGUCACCGCGGCCACCGCGCCCUCGAUGAGGUCCGGCCACGCCCGCGGUCACUACGCCCCCCACUCCUUCCUACCUGCCGUUGUAGCUCCAGCCACUACCUCGGCUCUGCUGUGGGGGCUGCCUCCGCUGUCAGCCCCGCACGACCGCCCCGCACCGUGCCGGCAACCGCGCCACCCGCGCGCGCCCUCCUCCCCUGUGCCCGCUCACACGCUCCCACAGCCGGCCGGCGCCCUGCCGUGCCCCCUGCUCCUAGCUGCUGCAACUGCUUGUGCUGCUGCCCUGCUGGAACUCGUCCCCUCGCCACCGCUCGUCGGAGCCGCCGCGCCAACCCACCUCCCGCGUUGUUAG